AAUCAAUCUAUCAAAUGAUUGAGUGAUGUAAUUGAUAACAGAACUAAGUGGAAAUAAGUAUGACAGUGUCAAUAUCAGUGACUUGACACGUCACAACUCCUUGACCUGAUUUGCUCUACUAUAUUCAUGAGGUUACGAGGCGAUGGAAAAUUUGACAAAAUCUACAUGUAUAUGGUUUUAAACAUUAUUGGUUACAUAUUUAUUCUUUAAACCAGUCUAUGAGUUAUUGAGUCAUAUAUAACUAAUUGAUACAACAUAAAUGCAUUUAAAUAUUUUUUUAAACAUUAUUGGUUACAUAUCUAUUCUUUAAACACAAAAGUGUGUCAAAGAGUAGUUCGUUCGAACUUAUGAAAUCAGUCAGCUUGCUUUCGCGUGAUAUCACAGUGUUAGUAAACAUUCGUAUGGGAGUGUGACUCAGAACGUUAAAGAAUUUGAUUAAGACUGUAAUGAAAUUAGUAUAACGUUUAUACAUUGUGUGUUUACAGUCGAAUAAAGUGUCGCGGAAAGAUGGCGAAACAGCAAGUGACAGAGAAUAUACUAGAGGAAAUUCUUAUCAAACUAACUGCUGAGGACUUGCUGAGAAUUUCUACUUUACUUCCUGGUCAAUCUGGAAAAGAAAUCAGUUUCGAGGACAUAAGGACAAUUGGCCUGGUAGACAAUGAAAACUUAGUGAUUUUACAAAUAGUGUUGUGGAUUAUAAACAGAAAAGACUUGUUCAACGAACUGGCUUACAUGGCGAAGAAAACCGAGAGCACAGUGUUCUUGGAGGAAAAUCGCGGUAAAGUUGUUCGCCGAAACGGUUAUUCUUUAAAAAAUUUGUUUUACAUUUGCACCCGGAGACCAAUGUCAAAAUUAAGCCAAGAGGAAGGCAUGGGUUUGAUAAAGACUGCGAAGGGUUGGCUAGGCGAAGAUACAGUUGUUCAUAUAAAGCUGGAAGAUAAAAGUAUCAUUUCCAUUUCAGAGAGUGAAUGUGCCGAUAGUGCGAAGUGUCCGAAUACACAGAACGUCGUGUUAAGCACCUAUCCGGACAAGACAUGCAAGCGAUGUCCGUUUUUCCUUAAAUAUAUUGUUGAUCUUCAAAAUAUUCAAAUGACGUUGAGCAGGAAGAAUUUGGAAGGAAUACUGAAUCCUGCAACUCCAAUGAACAGACAGCUUUUAGAAAGGCACAUUGCAAUGCGUCAAAACGAGCAAGUGGACAAAUUCCAUCGGCGAAAAAUCUUGCGGGUAUACAGUUACAAUAAGUGUUGGCUCUGAUGUAGGGAAAAAAUAAGAAAAAUAAAACAUCUUGCUAUCUGAUUUGUACAUCUUGAUUGUAUACAUGUACAUCUUGCUUGAUUAAAUCCCUGUUGCUUUAUGCUAUAUCCAGUUCAGUUUAUCUUAAAUUUAUGCCGAUUUUUGUUUUUAAAUUCGCUUAAAAUAGGUUUAACGAUUAACAAUUCCGAACAGUAAAAGUAAGCAAGCCACGAAGCAGCACUCAGAACAGCCCCAUUCUUGACACCAGAGGGUGCAAGUUCGGAAAGUUGUACGGAAAUAGACGGAAACCAUCGACACAAUACGACAUAUAUCUAUUCCGAAGCCCGCCGGAGAAAGCCGAGUUUUUACGAUUGCUGAACACAUUUUAAGAAGCUCGCGGAAAUUAUCGCAUUGUAAGCGUAGCGCCACCUGGUGUAAUAAUAUUAGACACUCGUAAACAUAACGUAUGGAAUGAUGCUUGCUAAAUUAGGCUAUGAGGUAUUUGUCCUGAUGCUUGCUGACGUUUGUUAUUUAUUUUGAGUCUUGGAGAACUAGGCUUGUAUAGAUUAUAUGUGAGAUUAAGAUAUACAUUUUCACGAUGCGUCCUAUGCAGUUGCUCGAAUAACGAAUUCAGGAUGUAAUGAAGCAAGAUGUAGAACAUACGGUGUUCUAGUCAGAACGCAAGAUAUUGUGCUUCGUUUCAAAGCCCUUCCAUGUGAUGUAGCUAAAUAUGCGUUAAUCAUGAAAUAUAUUUUAGCAAACAAUUAGCUCAGUAUUUCUUAGGUCAAUUAUAAAACAAAACCUGCUGCGAAUGCAAGUUAAAGUUUAUAGUGAUAUGUUAUGCAUCAAAGCUUGUUUCUGUUAAACCAUAUUCAUGAUUUUUAACAUAAACGGACAGUCCAUGUUACUUUGAACAGUGUUAAAAACAUAACUUCGUGGUGGUAUCCAGAGUAAAAGUAAAGUAGUCUGUACGGUAUUUCCUGCAGAAUGAUUUUGUUAUGUUUCGGUAUUAAUACUGUUCAUUAUCCGGUGAGAUGUCAUGCCAUUGCCAUUAUGCUCGAGUGUUCCCUGUGUGUUUGUUUUUAUCUUGUUAUUAUACGUUAUAUUUAUUUUGUUAUUACAAGUUACAUUUUCAUGAAUAAACUUUUAUAAUUUC